AUGACUACAUCAAUCGUUGAAACAACAGCCACAUUGGGGGUUCUCGAAGCAGAACAUGCUGAAAUGAGGGAGGUUAGCUUAAACAUCAACGUGGAAAACGAGAUGGAUACCAACUCGGAUGUUGAGAUGGAAUACAAUGCUGGAGUACCUGUCCAGGAUGAUCCUCGCAACUUGGAAGACGAGAUGGAUACCAACUCGGAUGUUGAGAUGGAAUACAAUGCUGGAGUACCUGUCCAGGAUGAUCCUCGCGAGCUUGCUGCUGCUACCAGUGGGCAGAGCCUCCGCGUUGCUAUGCUUGAGAUGCCUGGAGGCGAAAGUACUGUUCUUCAAGUCAAAGCUCGCUGCACUUCACAAUCUAGGCUUGAGAUAGAAGCCUAUAUAAUAAUUGAAGGGCACAGUAAAAGAACGAUAGACCAAGCUAGUCUAUUACUAGCGAGAGAGACCGAUGCUGAAAGCUUCUUUACCGCUACCCAAGGUAACUCUCCUGAUGUAACACUUCCGAUCCCCGGCUAUCAAGACCGUGUCCUUCGGGCUGAAGCUCGCUGGGAUUCCCGAUACGGAUUCGAGAUGAUGUGCGGAAUCUCGAAUGAUGCAGCCUGUCUCAAAUUUUAA